AUGGAUUCGGCCGAUUCUUCUGCGUUUGGACCAUCUGAACUAGGAAAUAAACAAUACUGGGAGAAAGUUUACGAACGGGACAAUAUAAAUUUCAAAGAAAACGGAGACAUUGGUGAAAUAUGGUUUGGUGAAUCCAGCGCAAAGAAAAUUGUAAAUUGGAUCUGCUCCAGGGUAAAAGAUUAUUCGGUUCCAAUACUUGACCUAGGUUGUGGGAAUGGUCACAUUCUCCUCUCUCUUGCGUCCAAUGGGUAUACCAAUCUUACUGGAACCGACUAUGCUCCAAACGCUAUCGAGCUAGCACGAGAAAUAUGUACCAAACAAAAUUUUGAUAUCGAUUACCACAUCUUUGAUUUAUUGUCUGACGAAGAUGAGAAUAUUUUUAAUGGGCAACUGUUUGACAUUGUAAUUGAUAAGGGAACGUAUGAUGCUAUAAGUCUCAAUGCUGGAGUAAUUGAAAUGAGGAAAAGCGGGGUGGAUCCUUACGUAAGAAAGGUCAGGAAGUUCUGCAAAGAUGGUGCUUAUUUCAUCAUCACGUCUUGUAAUUGGACUAAAGAUGAACUGAUAGACAAAUUCAAAGAGG